AAAAAUAUCAAAUGCCACAAAGCAAUACACACAUAUACCCACAUAUCUUUACUAAUUUGGUGCAUACAGUUCAUCAUUCUUCAUAAGUUUUAAUAAAAUUAGAGGGGUUGCCACAAAAAAAAGAAAAAAAAUGGGUUGAUUCAAUAAAACUGUUGAUGUGUCAGUAUCUGAUGAUGGAGUAGCUGCGUUUAUCUGGGCCUUCCUUCAACCACCAAAGGAAAUGGACCACAAAAGCCAUUGUGCGAAGCGCUUUCGUUUACUGCAGGAAGUUUGUUCAGCUUUUGGUUUAUCACUGCACCGCGUGGAGCAGCUGGAAUCAUGGCAGCUCGCCUCCUCUCAGGUGCUUCUUUAACAUUUCAACAUUGUGUACCUUUCCGUGCUGGGAGCGCGGACUUUUUUUUUUUUUUUUUCCCUUGCGCCGUACCUGAGCACUGUGAGAGGCGCAUCUGUCCUCCCUCCUCCACGUCCUCCUGACGUCAGAACAGCCAGUAGUUUGUCCUCUCUCCCUGAGCUCGGACUGCUGAAGAUAUCUGCGAGGAGGAGGAGCUGUCAAAGUUUUCCCGGAGAAGGAGAAGUCUUUUACUUAGCGAGAACCUAAUCCAGUUUCUUUCUCCCCCACCAAAGUUUCGACAAAGCGGAAUAUCGCGCCCUGUUGGCAUGGAAUGACACAUUUCGCACCAGGAGCUUCAAAAACACGAUGGCAACCCGUUUUCUCAAGUGGAUCACCCUCACCUCCCUGCUCUGGCUGGGCUCCUGCGUUCUGGCGGAAAAGAAAGUAUGCCAAGGUAUCACCAACCGUCUCAACCUUCUGGGCUCCAAAGAAGACCACUACCUGAACAUGGUAAAGACCUACAGCAACUGCACCGUGGUCCUGGAGAACCUGGAGGUCACCUACAUGGAGGAGCACCGUGACCUCUCCUUCCUCAGGUCUAUUGAAGAGGUGGGAGGCUAUGUCUUGAUUGCCCUCAACACAGCAUCCAGGAUUCCUCUGCAGAACCUGCGCAUCAUUCGAGGUCAUUCCCUCUAUGAGGGAGGCUUUGCACUGUCUGUCCUCGCCAAUUAUGACAAAACUACAGGUCAGGGCACCAAAGAGCUUCUUCUGACCAACCUGACAGAAAUACUCAAAGGAGGUGUAAAGUUUGGGAACAACCAGCUAUGCAAUGUGGAAACAAUACAGUGGCAUGAUAUUGUCAAUGCUGACAACAAAACCAACAUGGAGCUCCCGAUGGCUAGCAACAAUCCCCUCUGUAGAAACUGUGACUCGAGCUGCUUCAAUGGUUCAUGUUGGGCACCGGGUCCUCAGAACUGCCAGACCUUAACAAAGCUGAACUGUGCACAGCAGUGCUCUAAGAGAUGCAAAGGGCCUUCGCCAAGUGACUGCUGCAACGAGCACUGCGCUGCAGGUUGCACUGGGCCGAGACCCACCGACUGUCUGGCCUGUCGGGACUUCCAGGAUGAUGGGGUGUGUAAGGACUCCUGCCCGCGCCUCCUGCGCUACGACCCCAACCUGCACCAGUUGGUCCCUAACCCGCACGGAAAGUACAACUUCGGGGCCACCUGUGUCAAAAGCUGCCCACAUAAUUAUGUUGUGACUGAUCACGGAGCCUGUGUGCGGACGUGCAGCGGCAACACAUACGAAGUGGACGAAGGAGGAAUCAGGAAGUGUGCCAAAUGCGAUGGACUGUGUCCAAAAGUGUGUAAUGGACUUGGAACUGGAGAGCUGACUCACACCUUGUCUAUCAACGCAACCAACAUUGACUCCUUUAAGAACUGCACCAAAAUCAAUGGUAACAUCGCCAUCAUCCACACGUCGAUUUAUGGAGACACAUAUACCAAAACGCCAAAGAUGGAUCCUGCACAGCUUGAUGUGUUUAAGACCGUUAAGGAAAUUAGUGGUUACUUGUGGAUUCAAACCUGGCCAGAGAGCAUGCGCUCACUUAGUCCUUUUGAGAAUCUGGAGAUCAUUCGAGGAAGGACUAAACGUGGGAGCCGCAGUGUGGUUAUGACUCAGCUCGGGAUCGACUACCUGGGCCUUCGCUCGCUCAAAGAAAUCAGCGAUGGAGACGUGGUCAUCAUUAAGAACCAGAACCUCUGCUACACCAACAAAAGACACUGGAAGAGGCUCUUCAGAUCCGAUAGACAAACUGCGAAUAUUGACGAAAACGCCAAUGCAACCGCGUGUGCUCUGAGGAACAACACUUGCGACAGGAAGUGUACCACAGACGGCUGCUGGGGCCCUGGCCCAGACAUGUGUUUUGCCUGCCGUGACUACAGCCGUGAUGGGAGCUGUGUUGACUCCUGCAACAUCCUGGAGGGAGAGCUGCGGGAGGCCGUCCUGAAUAAAACCUGCGUGGAGUGUCACCCCGAGUGUCAGCGCAUGAAUGGGACCGAAACCUGCAGCGCGCCCGGUUCUGGAAACUGUUCGAAGUGCGCCAACUUUAAAGAUGGACUCUUCUGCGUGUCCCGCUGCCCCCAGGGCGUGCCGGGGGAGGACGAAACGCUGGUGUGGAAGUACGCGGACGACAUGAAAGUGUGCCAGCUGUGCCACAAGAACUGCACUCAAGGGUGCAUUGGACCCGGUCUCAAAGGCUGCCAUAUCAAAAGUCCCACUGGUCUCUCCAUGGUUGCGGCCGGCGUAGUCGGCGGUCUGCUGGCUGUCCUCAUCACGGGCCUGUCUGUGUUUGUGUUGCUACGCCGACGCCACAUCAAGAGGAAGAGGACCAUGCGCAGGCUUCUCCAAGAGAGAGAGCUGGUUGAACCUCUCACUCCAAGCGGAGAGGCGCCCAACCAGGCUCUGCUGCGGAUCCUGAAGGAACCCGAGUUUAAGAAAAUCAAGGUGCUGGGAUCGGGAGCUUUCGGUACAGUCUACAAGGGCCUGUGGGUUCCGGAGGGAGAGGACGUGAAGAUCCCGGUGGCCAUCAAAGUCUUGAGAGAGGCCACAUCACCUAAAGCCAAUAAAGAGAUCUUGGACGAAGCGUAUGUGAUGGCCAGCGUGGAACACCCCCACGUGUGUCGUCUGCUGGGAAUCUGCCUGACGUCCACGGUGCAGCUCAUAACCCAGCUGAUGCCUUACGGCUGCCUGCUGGACUACGUCAGGGAGAACAAAGACAACAUCGGCUCCCAGCACCUGCUCAACUGGUGUGUGCAGAUAGCCAAGGGUAUGAACUACCUGGAGGAGCGCCACUUGGUGCAUCGUGACUUGGCAGCCAGAAACGUCCUGGUGAAGACUCCUCAACAUGUCAAGAUCACAGACUUCGGGCUGGCCAAACUCCUCAACGCAGACGAGAAAGAGUAUCAUGCGGAUGGAGGAAAGGUACCGAUAAAGUGGAUGGCUCUCGAAUCUAUCCUGAACAGAACUUACACUCACCAGAGCGAUGUAUGGAGCUACGGUGUAACAGUUUGGGAGCUGAUGACAUUUGGGACCAAACCGUACGACGGGAUCCCAGCCAGCGAGAUAGCCGGCGUUCUGGAGAAAGGGGAGCGUCUGCCGCAGCCACCCAUCUGUACCAUAGAUGUCUACAUGAUCAUGGUGAAAUGUUGGAUGAUCGAUGCAGACAGCCGGCCCCGUUUCCGAGAACUGAUAGCCGAGUUCACCAAGAUGGCUCGGGAUCCGCCCCGUUACCUUGUCAUCCAGGGCGACGACCGCAUGCACCUACCGAGUCCCACGGAUACUAAAUUCUACCGCAGCCUGAUCAGCGGGGAGGAUAUGGAGGACGCCGUGGAUGCGGACGAGUACCUGGUGCCGCAACACGGCUUCUUCAGCAGCCCGAGCACCUCCCAGACCCCGCUGCUUCACUCUAAAAGCCUCAACAGUAGCACUGGAACUUUCAGCAGCAGAAACGGCUUAUUGAAUGGAUUUCCAAGCAGAGACGGAAGCGUGGUUACGCGGUAUAUUCCUGACCCCACAGACAGACUUUCGGAUGACGCCUUCCAGCCAGCUCCAGAUUACAUGAACCAAAAUGGAGUCUCGGAUGUGGUGAAUCCAAUCUACCAGCAUCCAGGACCCCCACGCACCCUCCUUCCCACCAUCUCUUCAGACGAUACAGAGACCGAGUACCUGAACUGCUUUAAGAACGGCACCAACGGACCAGAAUACCUCAAUGAGGUCCCGUCCCAGGCCAUCCUCCCGCUCAGCCCGAACGGCACGGUCCACAGCAUUCAGAAAUACCAGCCCCAGAACAGCAUAGACAACCCCGAUUACCAACAGGAUUUCACCCCCACCUUCAAGAGCCACGCUAAUGGACACAUACCGGCAGCAGAGAACGCAGAGUACCUGGGUCCGGACUGAGUGGAGUAAAACAAGAAAUAAGAUACUUUUUCUGUUUCAUUAAGAAAGCCGUUGAUAUAUUGGCUGGAGAAGCAUAAGUGGUACCAUCCAUUAUCAUAUUAUUCUGACGGAGACCUGCCGUGUUUGCAUGCCUUCACGUUAAACCGGUCUCAUUCCAAAGAAUCUUUCCUUAUCACCAAAGUACAAAUGACUUAUUCCUGAUGAAUGCAGGACGAAAGCUGAGUUAUACGUCGUCAGUCGACCUUAGAGUUGCUGGAAAAGAUACGCCCUCAUGUCGUAAACCCUGUCAGGAAGCGAAAAAAUCUCUAAACGUUAUGCACAAAAUACCCAAUGUGAUCCAAAUGUGUCAGCGGAGGAAAACUAUUAAAAGCAUGUAAACGCCUCCAUUUUUUAAAGAGGCAGAAGCUCUGUUGCAUGAAACGGAAACUGGCAGCUCAACCCAUAACAAAGCUUGAGGUACACAUGUUGCAGACUGAGAACGUUUCUUCGCUGUGAUGUCGAGAAGAUUAAAGGGAGUGCGCAGCUGGUUCAAGUGUUGGAUUCCUCAGUGGCCCGACGACACUCUUCCUGGGGGACAAGGAAACGUAUAGAAUGUAUAUUCAGCGUAAAGGGGAAUACUGGUGAAUUGUAUCAUUUAAAUAUGUUAAGUCCAUGUACUAAAACAGUUCUGCUCUCUGCUCACUGCUCUAACCGUGGAACAGCAGUAAAGUAGUUUCUGCUUUCACACCCAGAUGUUUCAUAUCACACCAACUAUGCCGAGAAUGUGACGACAAAUAGAGCGAAUGUGACUGUGGUUGCGUCACACUGCAGAUUUUUUUUGUUGUUUUUUUGUUAUUUUAAUAGUUAUGAACCUACAGCAUAUUUGUGUAAAGCCACAAAGUACGCGUCAGGUUUUUAUCAGUAUGGUUCACGAGUGUCACAUACACACAGAAUUUUUUUUUCCUUAUUAGGAGAGAGCUUUUUCUUUCUUUCUUUUUUGUCGAUACAUAAUGCUGGUUGAACUGUCUUAGAGUGUGUGAGUAACAUGUUUAAAUUUUAUUGGUAGUAGCAUUUCCUCUGAGGUAUUUUAGAGUGGCGCUAUGUCAGAAACCAAGGAUGUUUCUGUUGUUUGUGGUCUAUUAUGAGACUUCUCUAUAUUUUUUUUUUUUAUUAUUAUAAUUUUUUUUUUUUUAAGCAAAAGUGUAGACUGUUGUUUCACACAGGGUGUUGACGCCAUAUAAAUGAAUCCGCUCCUAGCUUUAAAGUCGUAUAGUCUUGCAAGAGCAUUAAUUUUGUAAAGUUUAUUCCUAGUUUUAAGGGAAUAUACCAGUGUAGCAGCCUGAAAAGCCUACUUUUGCAGAUUUUGUGCAGGUACGUGUACAGAAAACAGUGAUUGUGCUGUAAUAUACCCCCAAAUAGUCACCUAUAAUUUAUACUCAGUACACGUUUGUGUCGUAUCCUACCUGAAUAUGCACUUAUUCCAGAAUUGUGAUCAUUUCAUUCAAAAGUGAACAUGAAUAAAUCUUUUUUUUCUAAGCAAA